CCGCAUUUACUCAAGGAUAUCUGAGUAAAUUGGCUCUCUCUCCCGUGAUUAAUUUGCCCAGAGAUAAUGGUUACACGUCACAUCGCACUGGAAGAGUGUGCAGUGCAUGCGAGGAGUGUGAAGAUUUUUACUCUGCAAUGUUAACCCGCAAUUCCGCCGCAAUUUUUAGGUCCCUUGGUGGAAUCCUAAAUGUAUACAAGCCAUCAGGUGUAUCCGUGAAGCGAGUGAUGAAUGCCAUUGUCACAAAUGUCUGCAAAGACUUGAAUCAGCUGAAUGUUCGAGAGCCCCGACAAAGAUUGUUGUUUGAGCGAGCGGAUGAGAAUGAUGAGAACUCCUACAAGCUGGAAGUGGUACAGGAUCCUGCAGAUAACGUGAAGGUCGUGGGAGAGAGGCACCAAAUCUCUGACUUCAAAUGUCAGCCCGCAAUAUCCAUGGGAUAUUACAGCAGCGGUGUUCUUCUUCUUGGAAUCAACUCAGGCACACGGGACGCCUUCAGGAUUCGCAUGAAUCGAUCCGUGAGGGUCUAUCGUGUGACUGGUCGCCUAGGAAAGGCCACAGAGACUCAUUUUGCCGAUUCCAAAGUGAUCGCACGAUCGUCAUAUGAUCAUGUGUCCAGGACAAGGAUUUCGUCUCUGCUCUCAUCUGUACAGGCGUCCCAUCAGAGGAAAAUGUUUGAGGACUCCGGAGUGGACAUACAGUCAGAAACUGCUUACAAUUUGGCUACUCAAGGCACUAUCCGACCGGCCUCAAGCAAUACACCCGUUAUUUAUGGCAUCGAGCUUGUGGAAUUGAUGAGACCAAAGUUUACCAUAGAAAUUCAUUCUCUGAAUGAGAACGAGAACUAUCUGGCCAGUCUUAUACACGACAUUGGCUUGGAACUCCGGACAGUGGCGUACUGUUCGUCCAUCAGGUGCAUUCGCAGUGGUCAUUUCUGCGUCGAGGACAGCCUGCUGCGACGGAACUGGACUCUUUCUCCUGUUCUUGAGAAUCUUCAGAAAAAUGCAGAGAUUUUGAAUCAAAAUCCCAGCAUCACGCGUCAGUACAGCUCGAGUUUAAUUACCACAGAUGAUCAGAAUAGUACACCAGAUUCCAAUCCAGUGAACAGGAUAAAUCUUUAAUAUGUAAGUGAAUCCUGCAAAUUGUAAUUUAUAUAGAAAUACAAUUCGAAAAUGUACGUGCCACUUCUGGUCGACAUGUCGCGUGAAGCGUUGUAGACAAUCUAUGCGUAAUCGGAUGAUUACAGCGUAAUUUUUUUAUUGGGAUACGCAGUUUCGAAGAUCAUGUGCGAAGAGUUUACACGUCAUUGAAAAUUUGGAAAAAGAUUUGGACCAGUUGAAGAGUUCUGAAUAUUU